UCGGAGGCCGAGCUGUCAGGAACCUACUGAGACUGGAGCAGUGUAUGGGUUGGGAACAUCAUAAGAGGCGACAUUUGGGCUAGCAGUUGAACCUGGGGUGCAGACUAAAUCUGUGAAAAAACAACGACUUUGCUGUAACAAUGAGACAGGAACCAGCACUUUGUAGCUUCCAGUCACUUGCUACUGCUCAGACUGUAGAGCCAUACCAUCAAAGAGUCAGCUGCGGUCGCAUAAAAACAACUUCCUUCGGCACGCAUCGGCAACACCUUAACGUCAUCAUCAUGGCAACAGAGCUCCCUCAGGCCGCUGGGGGCAGAAUGGAGCAGAUGGAGCAGCAUAUGGGUCAGGCGAGGCAGAUGUCAGCUAUGCAAAUGUCCUCCUCAUCCACCUCCUCCACUUUUACCUCCUCCAUGAGCUCCACCAAGCUGCGAAAAGUCUGUCAGGGCUUGUCGAGGACCAUGGAAGAGCACUCUGGGGUUCAGUGUAAAACCUCUGCUGUGGUGGAGUCCUGCAGCCAGGUGCAGAAAUCCCUUCACCUACCCAAGGGAGAGUCUGUCCCAGAUUUUGAGGAGAAGCUGCGCCCCAUCACGGCCCAAGAGGGUGACAAUGCUGUGUUCAAAGCUAAGGUGACGGGGAAUCCCCAGCCUAGUGUUAACUGGGAACGAGCCAGCGGGUGCCCACUGUCUGAUGCCACUAAAUCUUUCUAUGACGACAUAAACAAUCAGCACAUACUCAAGAUCAAAAACCUCGCCCUGGAGGAUGCGGAUGUCUACAAGUGCAUUGCCUCCAACAAGCACGGAGAAGCCGCCUACUCUAUAUCCCUCACUGUUACGGAGAAUCCAGCGUUGGACUUUAAAAAGAUGCUGAAGAAACGCAGUGUGGAGAAGAGAGAGGAGAAGAGGCCACCUACAGAGGAGGAGAUGCUAAAGAUCCUUGCGGGAGCUGACAAGAAGGACUACGAGAGGAUCUGCGCCGAGCACGGCUUCACCGACUUCAGAGGCAUCCUCAAGAAGCUGAAGGAGAUGAAGAAGCAAGUGGAGGUGGAGAUGGUGCGUGUGCUGAAGCCCCUGGAGGACAUCACUGCCACAGCUGGCACCAGCAUCGUCUUCGACACCAUCCUGGAACUGAAGGAUCCAAACAUCAGGAUGCAGUGGUUUCUGGGCGCAGAGCUGCUGCGGGUCCAGUACUCUCAUGGGAAAUACGAAGUGAAACAGAUGGGAACCAAGCACAUGCUGUGCAUUUCUAGCGUGAGCCUCAGUGACACGGGCACCUACACUCUGCAGGUCGCAGACAAGAGACUGUCAGCCAGGCUUACCGUCAUAGAUGAACCUCUGAAAUUCCUGUCUGACUUCAAGCCCAAGAAAGUGACAGAGCGCCAGACCGCCACGUUUGAGAUCCGUCUCUCUAAGAAGACAGAUGCGCCCCUCAUCUGGAAGGUAAAAGGAAAGGAAGUAAAAAGAGAUGAAAAGUUCGACGUAUCCCUGUCUGAGGAUGGUCUGACCUACACCUUGAAGAUUAAGGAUGUGAAAGUCAGCGACACUGGAGACUACACCAUCAACAUCGGAGACCUCACUGCCACCGUGCCACUUUUCAUUGAACGGAUUCCCAUCAAGUUUACCAGCCACUUCAAGAACGUCCGUGUGCAGGAGAGAGGCAAGGCUCGCCUGGAGUGUGAGACGAGCUCCAAGGACGUGCACAUUCGCUGGCUGAAAGACGGGUGUGAUAUCACAGCGAGUCGUCGCUACAUCUUCAUGCGCGAGGGAAAGAGGGCAGAGGUUAUCAUCGAGGACUGUGAGCUGACAGACGAGGGAGAGUACUCUGUCAUCUGCACUCAGGACAAUGACGCUAACGAAUAUGUCACUUCUGCCUAUCUGACCGUGGACGAGCGUUUUGCCUCAGUGAAGAGUAGUAUGUCAGAUGCUCAGUGUCCUACAGGCUCCCCUGCAGAGCUGUGCGUUGUUCUUGACGAUGAGAAGGUCGGCGGAGUGUGGCUGAAAGAUGGAGUGGAGGUUUCGGAGCUGUGGGGGGUUCAGGUGGUCAAACAGGGAGCCGUUCACAAGCUGAUCUUCUCUGGUGUGACUGAUACUCAUGAGGGCAAGUACACCUUCAGAGCCAAGGGGGCUGAGAGCGAAGCUGUCCUCACUAUUGCAGACCCUCCAGAAAUGGAUUCCUCUGUGCUGGACUUGUUGGGGGCCCGACCUGUGACUGUGAAGGCAGGCCAGACAGCCACCAUUAAGAUCCCCUUCAAAGGCAAACCGCCUCCCAAGAUCACCUGGUACAAAGACGGCGUGGAGGUCAUGGAGGAUGAGAGGAACAAGGUGGAGAGGACAGCUGACGGCACCUCGCUGGUGCUCAGCAGAUGUGUGCGAGAAGACAGCGGGGCAAUUAUGCUCCGUCUGAAGAGUGACUGUGGCACUGCUGUUGCCAACCUGCACCUCAAUGUGAUUGACCAUCCUAAGCCUCCACAAGGGAAAGUAGAGUUCCUCGAGCUAUCAGGAAAGAUUGUCAAAAUGAAGUGGAAGGCUCCGCGGGACAAUGGGGGUAAGCAAGUGACCAGCUUUGUGAUUGAACGCCGCGCGGCAGGUAAGAAGUCGUGGACCAGGGUUGGCGAAGUAGACAGCAGUACCAUCAUCUUCAGCGACGACAAAGUGGUGGAGGGCCAGGCGUACCAGUAUCGCAUCAGGGCUGUCAACGCGGAGGGAAUGAGCGACCCUCUCGAGACAGAGGAGGUGCGCGCUGGAGAGCCCGUGGAGCCUCCAGGCACAGCGUCCCAGCCCCAGGUGUCUAACAUAACCAAGGACUCCAUGACAGUGAGCUGGACACCUCCAACCCACGACGGGGGAGCUCCGGUUCUGGGCUACGUCCUGGAGAGGAGGAAGAAGGGGAGUAACAUGUGGUUACAGGUCAACAAGGAGCUGCUCACAGAUACAAAAGUCAUGGUGGAAGGGCUGGUGGAUGAUGUGGAGUAUGAGUUCAGAGUCACCAGUGAAAGGGCUGGAGCAGGCAGCGCCAGCACCAUUUCUAAUGCUGUCCUGGCCAAAGACCCAACAAGAGCUCCUGGUCUGGUGAGGAACCUGUGUGUGUCUGAUUCCACAAACUCCUCCGUUUCUCUGAGGUGGACUCCUCCAGAGCAGGGAGACGAGCCCUCGGGUUACAUCCUAGAGGUUCGCCCCGAAGAUGCUAAAGAGUGGACGAAGGCCACCAAGAUCCCCAUCGCUGUUACUGCCUUCAAUGUUGGAGGACUUCAAGAGCGGAAAAAGUACCACUUCCGCAUCCGGGCUGUUAAUGAAGGAGGUGUGGGGGAGCCAACUGAGCUGUUGGAGGGUGUACUGGCCAUGCCUCCACCUGUGGCACCUAGGUUUGAUCUCCAGGGGAAGCUGAAGAACCAGAUGGUGGUCCGAGCCGGAUCGGCACUUUGCCUUCACCUCGGCUUCACUGCUUCACCUACCCCAGUGGUAACCUGGUUCAAGGAUGGCAUCAUCACUGCAGGACGGGAAGUCAUCACCAAUAGCCAGAAUCACUCCCAGUUCCUCAUUUCCACUUCUCAGCGAUCUGACUCUGGCACCUACCGUGUACACCUGAAGAACGACAAUGGAGAGGCUCACUAUGAUGUCACUGUCAGGGUUACGGACUUUCCUCGACCCCCGAAGAACCUCGGCUUGGAAGAGGAGGUUCCGGGCACGGUGACCCUGCAGUGGGAUCACACCCCAGACCUGGCUGAUGACGACGACGACGAGGGAGCGCAUUACAUCAUCCUCAAACGGGACGCCAGCACUGCCUCCUGGUUCACUGUGGCCGAGCGUGUCUUCAGCAGCAAGUACACCGUCACGGGACUGCUUCCAGGGAGAAAGUACUACUUCCGAGUCGUUGCGCACAACUCUUUCGGAGACAGUGAUCCUUUGGACUCGAAAGAACCUCUCAUCAUGGCCAAGGAGAAAGAGUGCAUCAGAAGCCUUCGUUUGAAGGAAUAUGCCUCAAAGCCACGUCAGGUGAAACCGACGUUCCUGCUGCCACUGAAGGACCACGCUGUUCGCAGAGGCCAUGACUGCACCAUGAGCUGUGCCUAUCAGGGCAUGCCAACGCCACAGGCCUGCUGGUAUAAGGGGGAAUCGAAGAUCUCUGACUCCCCUCGGUUUUGGCAUAGCACAGCCAACGGAGUGUGCACACUGGUCAUCCCCACCUGUGGAGCUAAAGACAGCGGAGAAUACACAUUGGUGCUGGAGAACCCUCUGGGGACGGCCAAGUGCUCCUGCAACUUGGUGAUAUUUGAUAAGGAUGACAAUAGUCUGUUGGAGAGCCUGACCAAGCAGGCAAACAAAGAGAAGAUGAUUUUGUAAGAAGUCUGCUUCAACCGUCGCCACGACAGAUGCGCUUUGAUUGGCCA